AUGAGGAUGGAGGAGGACCGGAGUCACAUGACUGAGAGAAUACUAAACCUCACCCUGGAGAUCAUCUACCUGCUGACCGGAGAGAGAUUUCCUCUUCUGAAGUCAGGUGAUCAUAUGACCAUCACAGUGCCUCCAUGUGACUCCCUAAACCCUGAGAGACACAACAUGCAGAAGAUCCUAGAAGUCACCAAGAAGAUGAUGGAGCUGCUGACAGGAGAGGAGUGGGAGUAUUUAGAAGGACACAAGGAUCUCUACAAGGACGUCAUGAUGGACAAUCAGCCGCCCCUCACAUCACCGGAUGGAUCCAGUCAUGGGAACCCACCAGAGAGAUGUCCCCGUCCUCUGUAUUCCCGGGAUUCCACACAGGAAGAUGUCAAAGAAGAGAUAAAAAAGGAGGAGGGUGAAGAUGGGGGGAUGGAGGAGUCAGAGCUUCUAAAAGAACACAAAGAUCUGUACCAGGACACCAUGGUGGAGUCAUCCAGCUAUAGAAACCCACCAGAGAGAUGUCCUCGUCCUCUGUAUUCCCGGGAUUCCACACAGGAAGGGUCACACCAUCCCUCAUCAUUACAAGGGUGAAGAUCUGAUAGAUAUAUAAAAGUUGAGGUUAAAGUAGAAGAAGAAGAGGCGUAUGUGAGGGAUGAUCAGCAGUCUAUGGAGGAGGAUGGAAUAACGGGGACAUUUAUAGAGGAGGACACUCCUACAGAGAUCAGCACAGUCCAUGGCCGGGAGAUGAGGAAAACCUCCGAGGAUUGUCUCACUUUGUCUCCAGACUGGAAAGUAGAAGAUGAGGACAUCACACAGUAUAGUCCAGGAGAAAACCCCCGACUCCCUCCAAUGUCCAU